AUGAUAAUUAGAACAGCCCUACUUUUAUUUUUAAUCUCAGUAGUGUUUGCUGGAACUCUAGCAAAAACAGAUGCAUGUGUUUGUAAAGAAAUUUUGAGUUUAAUGGAUUGUUCUGCGCAAAUUGAUUGUAAAUGGAACAGUGUAUAAGCUUUAUGUGAAACACAUAAAUCAACUGAGAUCGAAUCAUAUUGUUCUUAAAGCAAUAUCUGUCCUAUUACAGGUUGUGCAUUCUAUAAUAAAAAGUGUAAACCAUUUAGUGGUUGUACAGUUUAUAUAGCUGCUACACAUAUUGAUUGUCAAGCUAUCUCACCUUUAUGUACUAGUAAUGGAGAAAAAUGUAUAAAUAUAAGUACAAUUUGUGAUGAUUAUCUUGUUUAAACUGCUUGUGAAAUUAAUACUUAACAGUAUCCUUGUUUUUGGGAGAGUGAAAAUAAAAAAUGCUAAGAAAUAUCAGCAUGCAACUAAUUUCCAACUUCUUAUGAUUCUCAUUAAAAAUGCAAUAUAAUGGGAAAAGUUAAAUCAAUAUAAUGCACAGUCAAGGAAACUGGUGGUUGUAUAAAUAUUGAGAGUGAUUGUACAAAGUAGACAGAAAAAGGUUGUGUUAUUAAUACUUUGGGGAAUACUUGUUUUUGGGAUAAUGGAUAAUGCAAAGAAAAAACAUGUAUAAAUGCUCCUACAAGUUAUAGUACUUAAACAUAAUGUUAAGUGUAUUUAAGUUAAUGCUCAGUGAAUGAGAAUAUGAAAGGUUGUAUGGAUAGCCCUUAGACAUGUGAGAAUUAUACUAAAGAAAAUUAAUGUGUGGCUGUGAAUGGUACAAUCUGUUUUUGGUUUUCAAUAACAUGUAAUGAAGGAUAAUAAAAUUGUACAGCUAAUUCAGGAUGUAAAACUUGGAUAUGUGAAAAUGCUUUAAGUACAAUUAAUACUGAUUAAUUAUGUUCUUAAUUCAAAAGUGAAUGCACUGUGAAUGCAACAAAUAGUGGUUGUAUUAAGAGGGCAAGUACAUGUAAUAGUUAUACAACAUAAAAUUAAUGUAUAAAAACUUUGGAUGAAUCUCAGAUAUGCUAUUGGAAUGGUACAAGUUGUGUAAAUAAAAUUUGUACGAAUCUUGUUUUAUCUACAUACUCUGAAUAAACAUGCAAUAAAUUUAUGCCAACAUGUACAUUAGUAAAUGACAAAUGCGGAUUUAGAUCUUGCAACACAUUUACAACAGAAAAAUUAUGUAGUAUAGAUUAUCAAAAUCAAUAAUGUGUUUGGAGUGGAUCUUGUGUUCUUAGAACAUGCUAGAAUGCAGGUGAUGACUACAAUACUCAUUAAGAAUGUUAUAAUUGGUUAAAAAGUUGUACAGUUUAGAAAGACCUAACAGGUUGUUAAACUUAAGAAUUAAAUUGUAGUAAUUACUUAAAGUAAUAAUAAUGUUAUAUGGCCAAUAAUAAUUCUAUUUUCUGUUUAUGGCUUAAUAAUAAAUGUAUUUAGAAAACAUGUUUAACUGCUAAUUCAUUAAUUUCUACUGAUGAUGAAUGUAAUUUUUAUUUAAAAGGAUGCAUGAUUAAUAAUAAUAGGGCUGGUUGUAUCCCUAGAAAAUCUGAUUGUAGUGAUUUGCUAUAGUUUUAAUGUACUUUCACAAAUACAGAUUAAUAGUGUUUUUGGAACGGAACAAAUUGUGAAAAUAAGUCAUGUACUCAAGCUAAAUUUAAUACUUUUAAGGCUUGUUAAACAUUCUUACAAUAUUGUACUGUCAAUUACACAGGUACAGAAUUUGAUGGGUGUACAUAUAUUUUUGAUCUUUGUAACGAUUAUGUGUAUGAAUAGAAUUGCAUUGAAAGUUAUGUAGAUGGUAAAUGUAUUUGGAAUUAAAAAGCAUCUCCUAAUGAAUGUUAACCAAGAACUUGUUCUAAUUCUGAUUAAACUACAAGUGAUACAGCUUGUAAUAAUCAUCUUGAAAUUUGCACAGUUAAUAAUACUAAAACUGGAUGCAUAGAAAGAUCUGAUAAAUGUUCUUAGUAUAUAAAUUAAAUCAAUUGCUUUAGAAAUAAAACUGGUGGAGAAUGUUUAUGGUAUAAUAACGCAUGUAUUGAUAAAACAUGUGAUAAAGCUGAUAAAACAAUUAUAACUCAUGAAGCUUGCUAAUAAUACAGCAAGAAAUGCACUACUAAUGGUAAAGGAUGUAUAGAUGUUGAUCUAUGUACUUCAUAUAGUUUAAAAUCUGGAUGUGUAAUAGAUAAAAACAAGCAAAAUUGUACAUUUUAGCCUAGUUGUAAUGUAUUGUAAUGCUCUGAUGCACCUUAGUCAUAUUCAACUGAUGAAGAAUGCAGAAAGUUCAAAAUUGAAUGUACGACAAAUGGAAGAGGUUGUGUUGUUCGAACAAGUUGUACUGAAGCUUAUUUGUAAGAGGCAUGUGUAACUGAUUCAUAAAAUAAAAAAUGUGAAUGGAUUAAUAAUAGAUGUGUAUAUUUUGGAUGUAGUAGUGCUCCAAGCUCAUACACAACAGAGAAGGAAUGCUAACUUUAUAAAUAAGGUUGUACAGUAAAUUAAUCAGGAGGUUGUAUAGAGAAGGGAAGUUGUAAAGAUGCAAAAAUACAGGCAGCAUGUACAAGUGAUAAAGAUGGUAAUGAAUGUGAAUUUUCGGCAAUUGGAUGUAGAGAUAAGAUUUGUAGUGAUCACGAAUUUAAAACUCAUAAAGAAUGUUAAUUAGUGAAAAGUACAUGUACAACAGAUGGUAUUAAAUGUGUUGUUUAACAAAAUUGUAGUUUGAAAACUAAGAGUGCAUGUUUUUAUGGAAGUGAUGGACCAUGUUUAUGGAUUCAGGAUAAAUGUUAUGCUUAUACGUCAUGUCAAUCACUUUCAUUCCUAGAUCAUACAGAAUGUUAUUCAUUUAGUAAUGAAUGUACUACUGAUGGAUUAUCUUGUGUGGCAUUAGACAAAUGUAGUAAUUUAUCUGUAUAAAGUUGUUAUUACGGAACUGAUGGCAGAUGUGUAUUUACACCAGAAACUUUGGAUGGGGAAAGUAAAUGUAAAGUAUAUGGUGGAUGUAAAUCUGCAUUCUUUAAUUCACAUCUCUAAUGUUAAACUGUUGAUCCUACUUGUACAACUGAUGAAACUAGUUGUAUUGAUUUAUAAGAUUGUUCUUUAUAUACAAAAUAAAGUAAUUGUUAUAUUGAUACGAAAAGAAAUAAAUGUUACUAUGAUGAUAAUGAGAAGAAAUGCACUUUAUUAGAAUGUAAACAUUUAAUAUUUACUACUCAUUAAGAAUGUUAUGAUUAAUUGCCGAAUUGCACUUCAGAUAACACAAAAUGUAUAAAUAUGGCGAAAUGUGAGAUGUAUGCUAAAGAAUAUUGCAAUACUUCUUUAGGAACUGAUGGUAAAUGUUUAUAUGAUCCUAAUAUUAUCAAAUGUCGUUAAGCAUUAUGUACAGAAUUAAAUCAUAAUUGCCCUUCAAUAUCUAAUUGUGUUGAUAGCGGUAUCGGUUGUGUCAUUAAAACUACUUGUGAUAAAUAUCUUACUGAAAUAGCAUGCUAAUAAACUGGAACUGAUGGUUUAUGUGUAUGGUAUUUAAACAAUGGAGAAGGAGCAUGCAAAUUAAUGACUUCUUGUUCUGACGGUUCAUCCAAUAAAAAUACUUGUCUUUAAAAAUCAUGGAAUUGUCAAUGGACUGAAAGUGCAACGAAAUCUGUUUGUACCUAACACACUUGUACUUCUAAAUUUAAAGAAACUGGUCUUUGUUAACCUAUUUUAGAUUUUGAUUAAAAAAAUUAUGAAUUGUGUGCCUUAAUUAAUACUUAAUGUAUUUCUAUCGAAUUUCCAUCAUUAAAAGAAGCCAAUUGCUUUUAGGCUACUGCUUAUACUUAUACAUGGGAUUCCGCUCAUUAAAAAUGCUUAAAAUGUGGAACAACAUAUAAAAAUAAUACUAAUAAUCAAAUUAAUAACUCUGAAAAUAUAACUAAUAUAAGUGACUUAAGUAAGGAUUCCAUUAUAUAAUUUAAAUUCAUCCUAAUGAUUAUUAGUAUAUAUAUAUGA